GACACACAACCCACAAAUCUCUCUCGUUUUUUUUGUUUCGUCCGAGGACGAUGCUGGGAUGUCGGUCCGUACAGUUUCGGGUCUUUGUUCGGAUGAUUUGAGUCGAUUCUCGGGUUGAAUUGAAGGGGGUUAUGGGCGGGUUUCCGUGGAAGAAGGCGAAGGGCACCGCCAGAAUUUCGCAGAUGGUGAAGGAUCAAUUCCGCCGCCGCAAGACCGCCGCGUCGCCGCUCCUCGUCCAGACCGGCUUCCCCACUUCCCUCGUCGAUCUCAUCCUCAAAAAUCACGAACGCUUCAACAAGCCCUCCGGUCCCCCUAUAAGGAAACCGCCCCCGCCCAGCGGAACCGACGAUCCGGAUUUCUCGCCCCCCUCGCCGCCGGUUUCGCCGCCCAGAAUCCCGAUAUCCUCCACGGACAUGGACGGAAGUGAUAAUCCGGCAAUCAAUUCGAAUUGGGCACUUUCUGCCCUUCUGAAGAUCUUCAUGCUGGUAGUUUUGGCCCUCGGAACGAAGAAAUUCGCUGCCGGAAUCACAUUAUCGGCGUUCUUUCUGUUCUUUCUCGAUUACUUGGCCAGAAACGUGUUCCAAUUCCAGAUCUUGGCGACUUUCAGGCGAAUUAUCACUAGUCAAGUUGUUAGAGAUGAUGAAAAAGACCAUCCAAUUGAAGAAAUCCAAAUUGUUGAGGAUGUUCCUUUCAAGGAAACCGACGAUCCGUCUCUCGUUGGCAAAGAAUUUGAAUCCGAAGGGACACAAUUUACAGCCGAGAUGAUAGGGGAAGACGAUGGAUCAUGUGAACUCUCCCAAUCCAAGAGGCGAAAGUCUCGGAGGGCGAAAAUAAGAUCAAAAAUGAAGAAACUUUUUCCUUCGAGGAAGGGAAUACGAAAAGGCCCGAAAGCCGAGUCGAAUCCAACCGGAGAAGCCGAGUUGAAAGAUACUUUUCAUGACAUUCCUCAUUCACAUGAGGGUGAAGUGGAGACAACUCUAGUCAUCAUCAAACAAAAUGUGGUGGAAAGAAAGGGGAAUUAUGGAUACAUGGUUCUUGUUAUGGUUGCUCUUCUUGGGCUUGUUAUGGGAGGAAAGAUUUAUGCCCUUACUUUUACCUUGACAUGGUGUUUCUUGUCGAAAUGGACCGUUUUUCAGAAACGGUCUCUCCACCUAUACAGUUAAGGAAAUCGAGCGUCUUCUAAAGACAUUCUAUACAGUCAAGGGUAAUGUCUAGGGUAAUGUCUGUGUGCACAUACACGCUCCCCAGACUCCACUUCUGGGUUUUGGUGGUUGUUAUGGUGCUUCUUGUCAAUACCAAACAAAGUUACAAGGAGAGGUCAAAGGGGGUUUCUUUGUGAGGAUGAGAUCAAGUCAAGAAAUAUCUAUAUUCCACAAUGAAAUCAAAUCAAUGGCAGGCUUUGUUUCAUGGAAAGCAAGCAGCAGAAAUUUGGCACUCUUUUUUGUCAUAAUGUUGUUUGCUUUAUUUGUGGAAUUCUUUUUUUUUUUUGGGUGUAAGAAUGUGUUUAGCCAACAACCCCUUAGCUUUUGGUGCAAUCUCCAGCCUUUGGUUGGUGUUUG